CAAAUGUCAAGUGUGUAGUCAAAUAUCAAAUAUCCGCACCGCAGAUUAAAUUGCUGGAUAAACACGUAACAGUUUAUAAAUUGUUAUGAGAAUAACGUUAAUCAAAAUCGAAAAUGGCUACAGUUAAUCCGGACGUUGUGCAGAAGCUGAAAAAUGCUCAAAAAUUGCCGACAAGACAAGAAGGGGACGGUCACGAAAUACAGGUGGAAGUGAGAGAAGAUGAGGAGCAGUCGGUUAAAUUUCAAGAGAUAAUCGAUUUGUUAGUAGCAGCUGGUUAUUUUCGUGCUAGAAUCAAAGGCCUUUCACCUUUCGAUAAAGUUGUGGGUGGAAUGACUUGGUGCAUAGAAUCUUGCAAUGUGGAUGUGGAUGUUGAUUUACUGUUCCAGGAAAAUUCCACUAUUGGACAAAAAAUUGCCCUAACAGAGAAAAUAGUAGCUGUUUUGCCAAAAAUGAAGUGCCCACAUAGAAUAGAACCCCAUCAGAUACAGGGACUUGAUUUUAUACAUGUUUUUCCAGUUAUACAAUGGCUAGUUAAAAGAUCCAUGGAGUUCAGGCAGGAGAUGUCUGCCUUUGUAAGAUUGUAUGCCGUCAAUCAGUUCAAUAAAGAGUUCACUUUAACUGAUAAAAAUGCAGAAAUGCAACAAAAAGUCCUAAAAAAUGUAAACGUUGUUAGUGAAAUUUAUAAACCAAAUCGUUAUUAUAAGAGGAAAAAUGCACCACCCGCUGAUAUACAGUCCAGGGUACAAAUAACCUUAUUGGAGUAUGGUUAUAGGGGGAGAGAGGGGGAAAAUUUACAAACAAAUGAAAGGGAAGAAGAGAGUUUGGAGAAAAAACAAAUUCAAGAGAAAAAAUUGCAACAAUUGUUGAAUAACUUAACCAUUGCUCAACAGGAGAUUAUUAACUAUGAUGAUCUAAAUGAUGAGGAAAAAGAAAAUUUGGCGAAACAUUACUCUAUUCUACAGUCAGAAUUAAAGGAUGGUGGUGUGAAAUCCAAAGAAGAAAGUCACUUGGCAACUCUAGAAGAGCAAAAGAAAAUUUUAGUCGGAAGUAUACAUAAAUUAGAAGAAACAAACAGAAAAAAUCAAGAAAGAAUCAAAGAAAAUAGUAACACACUAAAAGAGAUAAGACUGAGGCAGAAAGAGGCGAACAAAGCUUUAAAAGAAUUAGAAGAAAAUGAAGCCAAAGAUCCAGAGAACGUAAAGGAAGUGGAGGAACUAGUCAUACUAAAUGAUAAAUUAAAAUCUGAAGAGUCUCAAUUCAGGGAACACUGUAAAGCUGAAAUGGCCAGACUACAAAAUUUAAUACAAGAGUCCAAACAGGCCAAAACUCCCACCGGAGACACCACAGAAUUAUCAAAAGAAAUCGAAGAAAAUUCAGCCAAAGUAAAAUCUGCCAGAUUGCAAUUGGCGAAGAAAAACAGAGUGGUUGCUGGACUGCAAAGGCAACUCGAUGAAGUUCCUAACAGGGCUGAGCUGGCUCAGUAUCAGAGGAGGUUUUUGGAGCUGUAUAAUCAGGUUGCUGCAAAACAUAAGGAGACCAAGCAGUAUUACACCUUGUAUAAUACAUUGGAUGACACUAGACUCUACAUGAAGAAGGAGUUGUCCUUGUUGAACUCCAUAUCCGACAGUUAUCCAGAAGCGAUGCAGUCUUCCAGCGGCAAAGAAGAGUUCCUAAAACAAUUUCAAAACAUCGUCGAAGGUGUGCACCAAUCGAAAAUCAAAUCGGAAAAAAAGUUGAUGGAAGAAAAAUCAAAACGUGACCAGUUGAGCCAAUCGUUGCACUCUCUCGUAGAGCAGCAAAGAAAAUACGUUUCCACAGUAAGACAAUUGACCGUUGAGUGUCGAAAAUACGAAGCCCUUCUUGCCAGAACAAGUAGCAAAUAAGAUGUAAGUCUGCAGGGUGUUCCAAAUUAUCACCACCAUCGGUUUUAUUUCUAAAACCUUCGAAUUUGGUCCAUGCAUUUUUAGGUUUUAGGGUGCUAAUAAUUUGAACGCCCUGUAAUAAAAUACUCAAUGACAUGUGAUAUAUUAUACCUAAAAGAUUCGUUUCGUUUUUUGUUUGAGUUGAGUUUUAAUAAUUAUUUAUUGUACGUCUUUUAAGAGGUUUGUUAGUACGGAACACUUGAAGUGUAGAAUGGACGUCAAGGACAUGCGCAAUACGAAAAUAUGGUUGAAUUUACUAUUGCGCAAGUCCCUGACGUUCCGUAGAAACAGGCCUAAGGUUUAUGCCCGUCA